AGCCGCCAUUCGGUGAGCCGAUUGGCUGCCAUAAGCAGGUAGGCGGGACUUUGUUGUACAGUCUGGGUGGUGAUUGGUGUACUUGGUCGCAGAGAAGAAUCUGGAGUGAUCGGAAGAAGGAACAAGAUUGUCGGAUCAAAACAAGGAGAUGACGCAGUGGCUCCAGCUUCAGUCGUUGCAGGACCCGGAGUUCCUGGACCAACUCGACCGCCUGUACGACGACUCCUUCCCCAUGGAAGUAAGACAGCACCUGGGCGAGUGGAUUGAGAGCAUCGACUGGGAUUGUGUGUCAGUUGAAGAUUCGUUAGCCACCCUUCGCUUCCAUGACCUCCUGGCUCAGAUGGACGACCCACGCAGCCACUUGGACUUCGUGCAGCAGCAUAACUUGCGCAGGAUCAAGAAGAACCUUCAGGAAAGAUUCCAGGAAGACCCAGCCGGCAUGGCCAGGAUCAUCUCAAGAAAGCUGAAGGAUGAGCGCCAGAUCCUCGCCAGUGCAAACACUGCAAUGGAAGGUGAGACCAGCAUCUCAGCCAUGCUGGUGGAGAAACACGACUUGGACAGCAAAGUGAAGGACAUGAGGGACCGAGCUCAGAUGGCAGAUCAAGACAUGAAAUAUCUGGAACAGAGCUGGAGGAACAGCGGCAGGAUGAGCUCGGAGCUGAACACCACGCCACAGGAUGUGGUGCUCCAGCUGACUGAGGUUCUGCGCGUCACUGAAGCUUUACUGCAGGACCUGAUCUCAGCGGCGCUGCCGGAAUGGAAGCGGCGGCAGCAGAUUUCCUGCAUCGGUGGACCGCCUGACGCUUGCCUGGAUCAGCUGCAGGAUUGGUUCACCGCGGUAGCAGAGACCCUUCAGGGGGUUCUCCAGCAUCUGAAGAAGCUGCAGAAGUUCACUUCUGAAAGCAACACCCAGGAGAUAGAUGCCCAAGCUCUGAAGCUCCUCAAGAACCUCCUGACCAACGCUUUGGUUGUGGAGAGGCAGCCCUGCAUGAGCGCCAACCCACAAAGACCGCUGGUACUGAAGACCGGCAACAAAUUCACUGUGCUGCUGCGGUUCCUGGUGAAGCUGCCCGUGUUGAACUACCCGCUCAAAGUCAAGGCUGUGAUUGACAAGGACGUGACAGACAGGAAAGGGGUUCGGAAGUUCAACAUCCUGGGAACCAACACCAAAGUCAUGAACACAGAGGAGUCCAACUGCAGCAUGGCAGUAGAGUUCAGAGAUCUGAAAUUAAACUGGCAGAAAGUAGCAGGAAGUCGAAACAGUGAGGUACCGCUGUUGGUCACAAAGGAGCUCCACUUGCUGAGCUUCGAGUCGGUGCUGCAGCUUCGCCAGCCCGGAAUCAACAUCCAACUGAAGGCGGCGUCUCUGCCGGUGGUGGUGAUCUCCCACGUGGACCAGAUGUCCAGCGCCUGGGCCUCCGUCCUGUGGUACAACAUGCUGACCAGUGAGCCCAAGGACCUGCAGUUCUUUCAGUCUCCUCCGGACGCACAGUGGUCUCAGCUCUCCAAGGUUCUCAGCUGGCAAUUCUCCUCCGUCACCACACAAGGCUUGAGUGAGGAGCAGCUUGGCACGCUGGCUGACAAGCUGCUGGGACCCGAAGCUGAGAGGAACCCGGAUGAGCGCAUUCCCUGGAACAAGUUUUACGAGCCACAACGCGUCAACAACAAAGUCAUUUCCUUCUGGAUGUGGAUUGACGCCAUCCUGGACCUGAUUGAGAAACACCUGCUUGCCCUCUGGAAUGAUGGCGUCAUCAUGGGUUUCAUCAGUCUGGAACGUGCAGAGGAUCUGCUGAGGGACAAAUGUCCUGGGACCUUUUUACUCAGGUUCAGUGAGAGCUGCAAAGAAGGAGCCAUCUCCUUCACAUGGAUCGAACAUGACAUGAACUACACUCCCAAAUUCCACUCAGUGAAGCCGUACAACAAGAAGGAUCUGUGUGCGGUCUCGCUGGCCGACACCAUCCGCACCUACAAGUGGAUGGCCACGGACAACAUUCCCGAUGAACCGCUCCACUUCCUCUACCCGCACAUCCCAAAAGACGAAGCCUUUGGAAAGUACUACACCCAGAACAUUGAGCCUCCAGAACCCAUGGAGGUGGAGAAAGCAGGCGGGCGGACGGGCGGCUACAUCCAGAAGAUGAUUAUUUCCGUCUCAGUAGUACAUCCGUCCCACCUGCAGGACAAGCUGAUGCUGAUGCCGCCUGACGUCUUGGAGAGUUUGGAGCAGUUUGUCUCUCUCACAGACGUCCAUGAUGCGAUGAAUGUCGACUGUCAGGGUCAGGACUGACAACGUGAGGUAGUCCGACUUCCACUCUGUUUUACAGUCAGCAAGGCGUGUGAGGCUGGCUUCAUUGGCAACGUCAGACAAAGCAAGUCGUGGACUCCAUACUAUCUGAAUCUUGUUUAUAUGUGUUUUACUUUAGUCCAAAUAAAGUCCAUUUCCA